CAAAUCCCAACUGACCCAGUCGACUCGAUUCCGGCACUCAUCAGCGGAGCGUUGAGUCUCCGUCAACGGCGUCUCUAGUUCUCCCCGCCUCUCCCUCUUAUGUUUUUUGCCAACGUCACCCAUAAGUGUAGUGCUCCGGAAGCAGCCUAUUUCAUUGUUCUCAAAAUUGCUGCUGAAGUAAUCAAUGUGCACCCCUAAAGUAAUUAAUAGCCUAAACCAGUGCUAACAUUACUAAAGUGGCUCGAUGUAAAAGGUGUUAUAUAACACGACUUUCUGUGUAGAAACCCUUAUUUUUCCGUCGUCUUCUUCGUGAAAAGCCUCCACCGACCAACCAUCUCUGUCAUCUUCUCAUAGUUGGAAUGGAAGUCAGAAUCGGGCACAUAGCCCCGAUAUAGGAGAUGACGACACCCAAAAUGUGGAGCCAAAUCAAGUGACAGACCAACAUGUGUUACCGUUUCUAGAUUCAACGAACAACUAUUUAACCCAAAUGGAUUCGUUGUCUAUGAAUCUUCGCCAGGUGACAAUACCCUAACUUAAUGCUAUGAGCUCAUCGAAUGACCAUUUUCAAGAAUAUAAAUAUAACAUAACAUGUUAAGGUAUGACUUGCAUUUCUUGGUUGUUAGUUAAAACCAUUAUCUUGGGCUGCAGACCAAGUAGUUGUUUUAUUCUGUUAAGUCAAGAUCAGUUAGUUAGGUUAUCUAUAGGUCUUUAUUUGUAAGCCUUAUAUCUAUAAAAGGCAUAGAUUAGUUCAGAGAAAAAAUGAUUGAGAGAGUUUUAAGUGUGCAAUAGUUCUGUUUUGUCUACUCUGUUCUUGUGGAGAAAGAAAACAAGAGUGACUGUGAGCUUUGGGGUUUGGCCUGGUGAAUGGCUUGUAAAGAUCUGUAACUAGUGUAUUCUACUGCUGUAAAUCUCUCUUUUUCAUAGUGGAUUUGACUAGGGAAGAUAAGUUCCCUGCCUUGGAGGUAGGAGUUCCUAAUUGGAAUCUCUGAACCAAGUAUAUUGGUGUAAUUUUGUUUCUGUUUACUUUAUUUCUGUCAUUAUUUUUCUUGUUCCUUUGCUGUGUGUGUAUUGUGUUCAAUUCAGAUAUCAAGCAAAGCUCUCACAAGUGGCAUCAGAGCCAGGUUCUGUGGCUGCUUUGAUAUCAAGAUCUCAAUCAAGAAAUCAUCAAGAUCAAGAACUCCGCAAUGGGGUCACACAUAGAGAUAGAGAAGUUUGAUGGAAAAGGGGAUUUCAACAUGUGGAGAAAAAAGAUGAGGGCUGUGCUGGUUCAUCAAAAGUGUGCACAAGCUCUUUUGGGAGAGAAGUCUCUGCCCGACACACUAACAACUCCCCAUAAAACUGAGGGAUGGUUUGAACUAGCCAGCGCUCGACAUUCCAUGGGUGCAUCACGUGUGAGCAGUGCAAUGUUGGACUUGAAUUCUCAUUCCGCUGCUACUUCAGUGCAAGCUGCUUCGGAUGAUGAUGAUGUUAGGAAAGCUCAAUUUGCAUUGUGCAAAUGGGGUUCCUUCAAUAAUGUAAAACUAAGGGAGGACAGCUUGCAGCUACGACAUCGGCGCUUAUCUCCAUUAUCUGAGUGAUUAGCUCAAGAAGAAGAACUCCGAAGUCAUAAAUAUCCUUCUUUGCAAAUUCCAGCUCCCAACUAUUCCCGCUGCUUGAAUCUGGAUCACUAGGAUUAUUGAGCUGCACUAGAAACAUUGCAUUACUGAAGUUUGAUAUUUUGGGCUCGAAAUUCUCAUCAAGUAAGAUAGUUGUGGAGGUGAUGUUUAAAUGAGCCAGGCAAGGAUCAGGCGAUGGUGGAUCCAGGUGAGUCCUCUUGCUACCCCAACCGCAAUCUUAAGCCUCAAAGGCCAUUCCAUUUCCACAGGCGUUGUUGUCUCAUAUAGUAGUGGUGGAUGUAGCCAGUCGUAGAGAUUCCCAUUUGAGAUGUACUUGUAAACCAGAAUCUGCUCUCUUCUUGGUAUGAAGCAGAAGCCUAAGAAUGGAACCAAGUUGAUGUGUCUCAACCUGCCUACACUCUUUAAUUCAGAGAUGAAAUGGUUGUGGAGUUGUUGAGAGGAAUCGAGUCUCUUCACCGCAAGGAAUAAGCAAUGAUUAUUAUGAUCAUUCAGCGUGGCCUUGUACAUGCGGCAACUCUUUCCAAAGCAGAUCAUAUUGUGGUUGCUGAAAUUGUUGGCGGCCUUGCGGAUUUCCUCGAAACUCAUUCGACAAACUGACUCUGGAAUCUGCCAAUGAUCCAUCAGUUUAGUAUACUCGUCAACUUCAACCUGCAACUUAAGUUGAGUUUUAUGCUAUCAUGAAACAUGUUAGAUAUGUAACACGAUUUUAUAUUGUCAAUAAAAUAAGUAAAAAUUAUUUAGUUUGAUAA